UCCCGCACCCGAGCCUUCCGGUCAGCUCGCCCGGCUCGCUGUGUGACCCCCGCGGCAGCCAAUCAACAGGAGGAGUUCGCCUUGCCCCUCCCCUCCGCUAGCCAGGGAAACCAAUCCUAUUUCAAGAGAGGCAGGACGCGCCAAGUCCCGAAAGAGGAGCGGGGGGAAAAAGUGCGGUUGGCAGUCCAGUAAUGUAAAACUGCCGAGGGGGCAUUCCAAAGGCGGUGACAGCCUCAGUAGUUGCGCCGCGGCCCGGGGGAGCGAACGGGUCCGGAGGAACGCACUGGGAACUGUUUAUAGUCCUGUCAAAACUGCGCAGAGAGGGGAGGUAGAGGCCUGAGUCUGCCCUACAGAGCCCGGUUCCAAAAAACAUCCGCUGAUGUGUUAUGAGCUGCGUCCCCACCCUGCUGUUCACAGUUCAAGGUGCACCAAGCUCCUGCUCCAGGUUCUGUGAGCACAAAAGGCUGCUUGGAUGAUGGCACGCUGAGCAGCAUCCCUGGAGCCUGGGUCCUCAUGGCGUCCCAGGACAAAGAUGAGGAGUCCCCACCUCCCUGGGCCUCCCAGACAGGGCCCUGGGAUGCCGUCCUUGAGGCCGUCAGGGACCAGCUCCCAUCUCUGGACUCCGAUUCCUCCUUGUCGGACUGCGAGGCAGAGGAGCUGUUCAUCUUCCAGCGAGAUCACACUGCCCUGAUCCCAGACCUGUCGGAGGAGCUGGCCGAAGACCCUGCCGGGGCCUGGCUUGCUACGGUUGAUGGGUCUUCUGAGCCAGGUGCAGUGCCUGUGGAACCCAGCACAGAACCCUGGAGAGAGUGGGGCCCAAGGACAGAGGCUUCUGCCUCUCUGCAAGGUGGAGACCCUGGUGGACCUAUAGACAGCUGUGGGGAAACCAGUUCUCUUCUCAGGGUGCCCAAGGACACCCCCAAGUGGCAGGAAGACAACCAUGGGGCUGUGUCCCUCAGCACCCAGGGUCCUCACCAAGGGCUGCAGGGGGAAGCUACCCCGUCCCCCUGGGAAGGCGACCUGAAAGCAGAGCCCCUGAGCGCUGCCUCACAAACCGGUUGGGCCGCAAACUAUGCAGACCGCAGAGCCCUCCGAAAGGAGAGAAGGAAGAUGAUUGAGAAGGACAUACUCCAUAAAGUUACCUGGGAUGCCCAGGACCCAGCCUGCAGUGACCAAAGUCAAGUGGAAGAGGCACCCUGUGCAGCGGCAGUGGCAGUUCCAAGACCAGAGACUCCACCAGAGGGGCCCCGGGAAGGACGGCUGGUGCUCUCCCUCAAGCAACUUGAAGAGUGGGAUUUGGAUCACAUCCUUCAAAGUCUGGCAGGGCGCGAAGAUGACAGGGGAGAUCGUGCACCUGGAGCUACGUGGUGGGCAGCUGACCGCCUGGGCCGAGGCCACAAAGACCACACCCUGCUCAACACCCAGGACAGGCUCAUGGAACGGCUCGCCCUCCUGGGUGCCACACAGUCCAGAGCCUCUUCUGCCUGGAAGGCACCUGCUGACACGCCCCAGGACACUAAGCAGCGGGAGACCAGCCGCAGAACUGCUCGGAUGGAGCCGGGCUUCCAGGCUGAGCUGGGCCUAAGGCUGGCCAGCGGCCUGCAGCUAAGGGUCCCAGCAGAGCCUCCUACUGUCUUCAUCGAUUUGCGGCCCACGGAGCCAUUGGAACUUGGGUCUUCAGAAAGCUCCAGCUCCUCUGACAGCGAGGAGGAGGAAGAGACAGCGGCUCUUGGAGACCAACAGGGACCAGCAGAGCAGGAGCGUCAUUCCUCCCAGGGGCCACGGGACCAUACUGGGAAGAGUCAGCUUCUCCAGCAGCUCAGGGCAUUUCGGAAGGGGACAGCUCAGCCCAAUCUGCCAGCCACUGAGGGUCCCGGUGGCCAGAAGGCUCAAGUCCUUGAAGAUACAGCCAGCUCCAGAACUGGGAGGAAGCAACAUGUGACACACCGGGCUGAGAAGCAGAGCACCCAGACCAGGUGCUGCCCCAGGGUGCUGGAGGACCCUCUUGGGCCAGGGACAGCCAAGGAGGCCCGGGUGCCUCCUCUGGGCCAGCUGUAGUUGCCUCCAGGACUGGGUCUGAGAAGAAGCUUGGCGGGAUGAUUCGACUGUCCAUCGACAUACCCGGGCCCUGGUGGUCCCCUGGCUCUCCCGUGUUUCCAUGAGAAUGUGCUUAUGUAGCCCAGGGACCCUCUGACUGGGGGGCUGUCACCCAGACCUCUGUUAAAAUGUGGUGUGAUCAUUCUAUGCCCUCAGAGCAAAGAUGCUAAAUUUGUACACAGAGCGUGACGACAACUCCUUUGAAAAGCGUCUGGAGGGAGACUCCGCAGACGGUAGUCUGUGCGGACGGAGGGGCUGUCCAGCGUGUUCACUGCUCCUGCAGUCUUCCCUUUAACGUGCAUCUGUUGUUUUCCAUCAUACGAGGUCUUUUUUAAAAUUAAAACUGCAAUAAAACAUAUUUAGAGAAUUUCA